AUGACAGUCAUCGGAGACUGGACGCCUCUUGGGUUAGGCAAAAAUGUAUUUUACAGUAAGUACGAUCUGUACUCGAUGCGAUGGGUUGAGCAGGUCGAUCCCUCGAAGGUGCUCAUCGUUGCGGCGCCGUACGGCGGACCCAUAGCCGUGACCAGGGACGACUCGAAGAUCGUCAAAGUUCAGGGCAGCACGAAGAAGGUCAUCUUUAUUUACUCUGCUGCCGGACAGAAGCUCUCCGAGUUUGUGUGGAACAGUGGUCGCAUCAUACACAUGGGCUGGUCGUGUUCGGAGGACCUACUCUGUGUGCAGGACGAUGGGCAGGUGCUGGUGUACAGCCUGCUAGGAAAGUUCAAGAGAGUGUUCGGCAUGGGACAGGAGGCGAAGGACACUGGAGCUGUUGACUGCAGGAUCUUCUCGACGUCUCUGGGAACAGGAUUGGCCGUUCUCGCCGGAUCGUACCGGAUCUUCACCGUGAACAACGUCGACAGUCCGACGCUGAGGCGCCUCGCCGAGAUCCCAGGUCUUGAUGCGCCCCCUAGCAGCUGGGCCGUGUUUAACGUCGACAGACAGACGCGCGCCCUGGUGGCAAAAGAUGCCGACCUGUAUCUACUGGAUCAGGAGGAAUGCCAGCAGCAGACGUUGAGCAUCUGUCAGCCCGUGCUGGCGUAUGCGGAGACGCUCCAGGCGGAGGAGGAGAUGAGGCUGCUCCGCUGGCAGGCUGAGCGAGAGAGGAGCCUGGGGAAGCCUUACCUCGGCACCUCCCUGCAGGCAACGAUGAGCUCUCUCAUGCUCGCGGGACAGCACAAGAUGGCCGAGGAACUGCGGAAGGACUUCAAGGUGCCCGACAGACGGUUCUGGUGGAUGAAAAUUAAGGCGCUAUCCAGUGUCGGUGAUUGGGCAGAACUCGAGAAAUUCUCUCGCUCCAAGAAGUCCCCGAUCGGAUAUGAGCCGUUCGUGGAGGCGUGCGCGGAGUACAGGAACAUGUACGAGGCGAAGAACAAGUACAUUCCGCGCGUCGCCGCCGAGAACAAGGUCAAGUUUUACACUGUGAUACUGAGACUGAAAAAGUCUCUAAAGACGGGAGAGUUCCUCAUGUCAAUUACCAGGAUACCGGUCGCUUACGCCCUCUAUCUGCAGCUGUGCCGGCAGCAGAACAGAGAGAUGCUGAGAGACAUGUUCUACCAGACGGACAACUUCAACGAGGAAGCUUACUGCUUCAUACACGCCAGCUACCAGCAGAAGACGCUCGAUCAUAAGCUGUCCAACCUGCAGGCUUCAGUUGAUUCUUUCUCCAAGGCAAAGAAUGAUUUCAUGGCAAAGCAGGCCGAGGAGGAGAUGAAGGCGUGCUCCGCUGGCAGGCCUGAGCGAGAGAGGAGCCUGGGGAAUAGCCUUACCAUCGGCACCCUCCCUGCAAGGCGACGAUGA